AUGGCCUUCACCCCAGACUGGACCCAGACCCAGCCCGAACAUAGGUGGGAGAUCCUUCGAUGCCAAAGUCGCUUUGCAUUAUGGGCGUUGUUCUCGUCCAUCGGUGGCAUGAUGACAGGUAUCUUUCUCUUUCCAUUCUGUGCCUUUCAACAUCACUUUUCUGACCUCCUUGCAGGCUUUGAUUGGGGCGUGAGCAGCAAUGCGGCGUCGUUGCCUGCCUUUCAAAUUCAGUUUGGCAAGCCGUACCCGACCGCUCCCAGUGGCUAUAUAAUUCCUGCAAACUACCUUUCCGGAUGGUCAGGCGCCGCUUCCGGUGGCGACAUCGUCGGCAUUCUCAUCGCUGGGCAGCUCAUCGAAUGGGUUGGCCGGAAACAUUCUUUGCUCAUCGGCAGCGUCAUAACGGCCAUUGGGGUGGGCAUGCAGAUUGGUAGCAGCGAAUGGAUCUUAUUCCUAUGCGGCCGUCUGGUGAACGGUACACAUCAUGGUCCCCAUUUUGUCGAGUUGCAAGAGCUGAUCUUGGUGCUAGCCAUCGGUUUUGGGAUUGUUUACAUUCUGUCGCCCGUGUGGAUUGGCGAGACUGUGAGACCGGAGUUGAGAGGGUUCUACCUUUGCUUCAUGAACGGCUCCAUCGUCUUCGGUCAACUGCUGCUUGCAGUGGUGGCAAAAGGAAUCUCCACCAUCGACUCUCACUGGUCAUACAGAAUCCUCAUCAUCCUCCAACUGGCCUUUGUGGUGCCUCUGCUUGUCAUCUACCCAUGGUUUCCAGAGUCUCCCUAUUACCUGUUCAAGAGAGGAAAGCCCGAGAAGGCGCGCAAAGCACUUAACAGGAUCCAUGGAUCCUCAGAUCAAGCCUUGAUUGACGCAGAGAUGCAUCGUAUUCGCAGCAACUUUGAGUACAGUGAAAGCUUGAGAAUGGCUGCGGCUCAGGACGGUACCCCCCUUCUCGUCCAGUGCUUCAAGGGCCCGAACUUGCGGCGCACCCUGAUUGCCAUUCUGCCCACAGUGGAGCAGGUUUGCGUCGGUUCGACCUUUGUCCUCGGCUUCAUCACCUACUUUAUGUCCCUUCUGGAGAUUCACGAUUUCUUCACCGUCACCGUGGUGCUCAGCGUGGUCAUGUUGUUGUCCAGUAUGGCCGCAUUUCCCCUGAUCGAGGCGGUUGGGCGUCGGCAGCUUCUCAUUCCGGGAACCUUCUCCUUGACAGCCGCCCUUCUGGUCAUGGGAAUCACGGGCUGCUUCAGUGCCAAAGCUGCAGUCUGGGUCUUUUUGGUUUCCGUCUUCCUGUGGGCGAUUGUCUACCAGGCCACUCUAGGGGCUAUUGGAUUCGCUUUUGGCGCAGAGAUUCCUUCUCUUCCUCUACGCUCUUCUAGUGUGUCUCUGAUGGGCUUCAGCCAGAUGGCAGGUGUUUGGGUUGUCUCCGUCGUCCUUCCAUAUCUCAUCAAUCCGGACGCCGCCAACUUAGGUGCCAAAUUGGGCUUCAUCUUCUUCGGCCUCAGUCUCCCGGUAUGCGUGCUGAUGUACUUCUACAUUCCAGAGACCAAAGGCUUGACCUUUGAGGAACUUGACUAUUUGUUUGUGAGCAAGACUAGCUGCCGAAAAUUCCAGACUGUCAUUAAGGAACGUCGGAUGCUGGCCGAGAAUGCCCUGGAGAUUGAGGUCAAAGGUGCCAUCAUCACCACCAAGGCGUCCGAGAAUGGUGCCAGGGUGGGCCACAUUGAGAAUUCUACCGUGUGA